AGGAGUGAAACGGAAAACUCGUUAUCUGGCCGCAUAGCCAUAAUGUAAAUCUUAAGGAGAGGGGGGUCGGGCGGGGGGAGAGCGCACUUCAUCUCAGACACUUUCCAGUGAGCAUCACCUGGCUUAGAUGCUGUUGUCUGGUUCGGUCCAGCUCACAGACGCGUCAGCGUUCACUCAUCGCACUACAUUCUUCUUCUGCACCUUCAAAAGGAACAGAACUCGCGUACUGUACAAACUACAACUGUAGUGCUACAAGGGGCAUUUCAGCGGUAAAGGGUAUUUUCCAAAUGAACACAAAGCGACUGUACAAAAGACUGUAGCUGCCAGACGCCAAAGUGUUGCGUAUUUAGGACAAUAGUGGACUACCACCGACUUCUCUGGUUUGUGCUUUUGGUUUCUUUCAGUCAAAAUUCGAUUGUGUGAACAACAUGAAGAUGUCUCCCCCAGACCGAAGGAAAUACGUGCGUGAUUUGGCGCUGGAGAUUGCCAUAAGAGUGCUGCUCUUCGGAGUUUUUGUGUUCACAGAGUUCCUGGAGCCUUUUGAAAGAGUUAUCCAACCUGAGGAACUAUGGCUCUACAAGAACCCUCUGGUGGAAUCAGACCACAUCCCAAAGAGAGUCAUGUUUGCAAUUUCAUUCCUCACCCCCCUGGCUGUGAUAUUUGUGGUGAAGAUUAUACAGAGGACAGACAAGACAGAAAUUAAAGAGGCUUGUUUAGCGGUAUCACUCGCACUAGCUUUGAAUGGUGUCUUCACAAAUACCAUCAAGUUGAUAGUUGGCAGGCCAAGGCCAGACUACUUCCACCGCUGUUUCCCUGAUGGACAGUUGAAUGCAAAGAUGCUGUGUACUGGAGAGCCAGACCUGGUAUCUGAGGGCCGGAAAAGUUUCCCCAGCAGCCAUUCCUCCUUUGCUUUCUCUGGUCUGGGCUUUACUUCAUUCUACUUGGCAGGCAAGUUGCAGUGCUUCACAGCUGCCGGACGCGGGCGCAGCUGGCGUCUCUGUGCCAUGAUCCUGCCCCUCUACAGUGCAAUGAUGAUUGCCCUGUCCCGCACCUGCGACUACAAGCAUCACUGGCAAGAUGCUUUUGUUGGAGGAUUGAUCGGCCUCUUCUUUGCCUACAUCUGUUAUCGGCAGCACUACCCACCCAUCCUGGAUGUAGACUGCCACCUGCCAUAUGCUAGUCUGGCUGAAGCAACUGCCCACAACAUGCCAACCUCCCAGGAUCAACCUCUGCCCAUGGAUAAUGCCACCAGCCUGCCUCUGGAGGGCAUGACUGAGGGACCAGUAUGACUAAUAGAGAACCCCCAAGGCUCACACCCCUCUGACCCCCUACCGCACCAAUGUAGUAUGAACCACACUUGACUGACACUUCAACAUUCCAAUGAAUUAGACAGAUACAUUUUAUUUAUUUUUUCUCUCUCUCUCUUUCAAUCAUUAAGCAGAGUUACAGUUCCUGAUUUCUGAUCAGUUAUACUUCAUAAAAUUACUGAAUAUCAGUAUUGGCAAGUUGGAACCUUGGACAAUAUGUAUAAAAUUUGUUAGUGCAAGAAUCUCUCUUUAAAGAAAAGUACCAUGGUAAGUAAUAGGGAGAACCAUGGUACACAGAAGUUGUAAUUAUUCAGAGCCAUCAUAUAUACUGAGGUACCUCUUCUAUAAGACGUUUUUGUAUGGGUUUGCUAUUACCCAAAUAGCAGUGAAAUAAGUUGAUCUUAGACUGAAAUUCUUAUUCUAAGAGGUUUCACUCAUAAAUAUGUAAAUCAUAUAUUGAAAUCCUAAAUCAAUCCAUUAUUUGUUUCCUUUAUAUGUGUUUGUGUUGGUUCAUUAUCAGGUGUGCAUGCAUGUUUACAGCUAGUGUGGAACAUUGCUGUACCGUUGCUUUUCCACAUAUUGCAUACCAGGCACAGAGGAAUUAGAAUAGCAGAACACUAGCAGACUAGCAGAAAAUACCAAGCCAAUAUAAUAUGUUUUAUGAUCAAAUCAUCUGUUUUGGACACUGCAAGUUUCUUAAUGAGUCUGGUAAUUAUUAAGUGCCCAUCUGUUAAAUUAACUUCUUAUUCCUAAUUUAACCCUCCAGUAUAGGUUCCAUGAUUUGAAACCACAAAAAAUAAAAAAUAAAAAUUGGAAAUUUUUAAAAAUUUCUACUUCAUCGGAAUGGACGGCCAUAGGAAAUGAAUGGGAAAUAGGCAAAAAUACAAAAAUACAUAGAUGUUUUUAUGUGUACAAUCUACUAAUCAGCCACUAUGCAGAAAAAAAAGUGCACAGCAAUGAAGGGGUGACAAAACUUGAACAAUUAUGCCUGAAAACACUGCUCAGUAAUGAAGGAAUACAUAGCACUAAAUGUACAGUGCCUCGCGAUAGUGUUCAUACCCUAUAUUAUGAGUUGUAACAGUUGUGAGGGUCUCAGAGUGACGGUUCAUUAUUAAAAGGCUUGGUCCGCAUUAUUAAUGAGAAGAAACUAAUUCACUUCACUGUACUGUAUUCUGCAUGAGAUUGCAUACACCGGAACAUUCAAAUGUUAGGAAAGCUGUUUCAGGUAUGUCCAUUAAUUUCUAUCGUCUGUUUGAACUCAUCACUUUAUUUGUUGUUUUCAUUCCUUAAUAGGCAUUUGGCUACUUACCAGUAAUGAAACGGUCUGUAAAAAUCUAAAAGUUCAAAAAGUAAAAAAAAUUCAAAAUUCAAAAAGUUCAAAGAUCUUUUAAUGAUACCGCUGAACAUUUAUUUAACCAUUGCAAAAGAAAAUUUGUGGCUGAAGUAAAUUUAGGUUUUUAGAGUUUAUUUAAAUUGAGACAUAUGUUUAUUUAUUAAUUUAUUUAUUUUUAACAAUUAUUUCACACUUAUUUUAAUCUCCAAACUGUUUUUUAUAGUUCUGGUUUGCCUCUUAUGCUUUGUUAAAAAAAAAAAAGUGUUGGGUUGUGCUUUGCUCUCCCAUACACACGAAAGGAUCACAAGAGCAUUUUCUGCUCUGAACCCCUCGAUGAGUUUAACAACACUCGCAACACGAAUUACAGAUCAUAUCCCAUCAGAGUGAGUAUGUUUGGAGUUUUUAUGGACUUAUUUCAUAGUCUCAUUAACAUCUGUAAAUGAAGAAAUAAAAUUGUAAAUAUAAGUAGUGAAAUUUUACAGUUGUACUAUAAAAUAAAUUGGUAAUUUUUCUUCAAUACUUAAUUUCUGUCAUAUUAAACUUUUAAUUAAGAUUAAGUUUACAUUAAUGACAUUUGUUUUUUUAUCACAAAUAUUUUGGACGGGCUUAAAAUAGAUUAUUCUUGUCUAGGUGGGUCGUGGAAUGGAAAAGUUUGGGAACGCUUGCCAAACACCAUAAUGACAAAGCAAAAAUUGUUACAACUUCAUCAAUGCAUUAAAACUGAAAUAAGUACAUUGCAUAAGUAUUCAUACCCUUUACUCAUCUUUACAGCCUCGAGUCUUUUUGGGUAUGAUGCGACAAGCUUUGCUUAUCAGAAUUUGGCAAGUAUCUGUCUUUCUUUACCACACCUGUUCACCUCUCAGGCUCUGACAGGUUGGAUGGGGGUAGAUGCACAUUUUCAGAUUUCCCCAGAAAUGUUUGAUUGGGUUUAAACCCAGGCUCUGGCUGGGCCACUCAAGGACAUUCACAGAUUGUCUAUAAGCCACUCUUGCUGUGUGCUUAGAGGUCAUUGUCUUGUUGGAAGGUUCCUUCUGCACAGUCUGAGGUUCUGAAUGCUCUGGACUGGGUUUUCAUUAAGUCUAUCUCAAUGUUUUGGUACAUUGAGCUUUUCUUCUACUCUGAUAAGUCCUUCGGUCCCUGCCACUGAUAAACAGCCCCACAGCAUGAGGCUGCUACCAGUACACUUUACUUUUGGGGUGGUACUCUGCAGGUGAUGAUCAGUGCCUUGUUUUCUUCAAACAUGAUGCUUGGAAUUGAGGUUCAUCAGACCAGAUAAUCUUGUUUCUCACAGUCUGAAGGUCCUUUAGAUGCUUUUUUGCAAAUUCCAAGUGUGUUUUCAUGUGUCUUCACUGAGGAGAGGAUUGAGUUUUGCCACACCGCCAUAUAGCACAGAUGAAGUGUUUUGUAUGAUGUUUGUUCUUCUGUAGGUUUCUUCUAUCUCCACAUAUGAUCAACUAGAGUGACCAUCAGGUUCUUUGUCACCACUCUAACCAAAGCUUUUCUCCAUCAAUUGCUCAGUUUGGCCAGGAGGCCAGCUCUAGGAAAAGUCCUGGUUGUUUAAAACUUUUUCCUUUAAGGCUAAUGGAGAAUACAUGCUUUUGUGAACCUUCAAUGCAGCAGAUUUUUUGUUGUUGUUGUUGUUUGUUUGGUUUUGUUUAAUUUUUUUGUUUUUUACCUCAAGGAUUGGUUGUUGUUCUGAUAUACAGUGUUUUUUUUUUUGUUUUUUUUUUAGCUUUUAGACCCUUUAAAAUGUGAAAAAAUUAAGGGGUAUGAAUACUUUAACAAGGCACUGUAUAUGGCAUCCAAUGGCUACACCAUGAUAUUUCAGAUGUACAAAUCUGCCUCAAUUCAAUGGAUUUUAAGUGCUCUAUUUUUAACUUUAAUACUGCAUAAUUUGAAAAAUUAUAUAAAAUUACUUUUUAUGGCAUCUGGUCAGUUUUGACCAUGAACAACACAAGUGUGACUCCCAAAUGAACCAUACCAGUGUACCAUGGUAUUGCCAGAGUACCUUUUUGUGUAAGGGUGACUGAAAAACUAAUCAACUCAGAAAGGUGAAUUUAAGUGAAUAACUUGGUUCUGAAAAAUUGAAGGAGAAAGAUCUCUGUAAUGUAUGUGUUAUAGGUUAUAUAAUAUAAUCUCUCUCUCUCUCAAAAUAUCUUGAAACAUCUAAAACAAGCUUACUUUAUGAGAAAAAAAAAACACUUGAAACAAGUACAUUGCAUAAGUAUUCAUACCCUUUACUAAUCUUUACAGCCUCAAGUCUUUUUGGGUAUGAUGCAACAAGCUUUGCUUAUCAGAAUUUGGCAAGUAUCUGUCUUUCUUUAUUUUUUUUUAUUUUUUUAUUUCUUAAUUUUAUUUACUUAUUUAUUUUUAUUCUUUUAUUCACAGAAUGCAUAAAGCAAAAUAUAACAACAUGACAAUAUUAUAUAUACAGGAAAAAGCAAGGAUAGGAAAAAAAAGAUUGAAAAAGGGACAACACAUACACACAGUAUUAUGCAUAGUGGCUGCGUUGCUUGGCAACCAUAAAAAGCCUAUACUCUUUCUACAUCAGACCUGAGUGUCACGUCAUAACGCAUUGAAACUAUACUGCUUCCAUUUUAUUUAAAGAUAUCAACACUCAUAAUUUGCAUCACAUCCAUGUGUGGUGCUAAGCCAGUCACUAUUGUAUAUCAUCCUUGACUAUUUGAAAUAAAAGUAUUUUACUUAGAGUAUAUCAUAUGCCUUAAUUUUGUUUUCAAGUAAAGUAUCCAA